AUGGCCGCGGCCACGGCGUGCGGCUCCCCGCCUCCCCGCCCGCCCCGCGAGCAGCCGCCGCCGCGGAAGCGGGGUGACUCCCGGCGGCGGCAGGCCGCCCUCUUCUUCCUCAACAACAUCUCCCUGGACGGCCGGCCGCCCUGUCCGCCCACCGAGAAAGCGCUGCCGCCCGCCGGCCAGGGCGAAGGGGAGGAGGCAGCGGCGGCGGAGCCGACCGGAGCCCCCCCUCGCUUGUUGUCCCCGUCGCCCGCCUGCCAACCGCCGCCCGCUCUGCUGCUGACCGGUGUCUCCCCUCUCGUCGCCACCCCUGGAGCCAAGGGGGAGACGGACCCCACCCGCGGGGGCAUGUUCCUGCCGCAGCUGCUCCUGGGCGGCCCGCUCUGUCCGCCGCCCCCGGCGCCGCCCGCCCUGCCGGGGAUGCUGGCGGCCGCCAAACCGGGCGCACCGGGGCUGCUGAGCCCCACGCAGAACGCGGCGGGCGGCGGCUUCGCGCUGGAGGCGCAGCGACAGAGAAGGCGUUUUCUCUCCCAGCGCUGCUCUCUAGACUUUUUAGAAGACAUAGUGGAAUAUGCCAGUGUACAAAGAACCAAGCAUAUAUCUGGGUCUCCAAGACACAAAAGUUUGAAGAAGAUGCAUUUCAUCAAGAACAUGAGGCAAUAUGACACCAAGAACAGCAGGAUAGUUUUAAUCUGUGCUAAAAGAACACUGUGUGUGGCUUUUUCUAUCCUGCCUUACGGGGAGAGUUUGCGGAUCAGUGAUCUAAAAAUGGAAGGACAGAAGCAGCGACAUCCUUCUGGGGGAGUUUCAGUCUCUACUGAGAUGGUGCUUGGACUGGAAGGCGUAGAGCUAGGUGCUGAUGGCAAGGUUGUGUCCUAUGCAAAAUUCUUGUACCCCACCAAUGCCCUGGUUGUUCGCAAAGCUGACAGCCACAGUGCUGUGCCCUUGUGUCGAGCCAGUGCUUCACGGAGUCUUCCUGCAUCAAGAUACAAACCUGUGACAGCAAAAACCUUACCAGCAGGAACAGACCUUGGAAGUGAAGUUGGGGAAGCUGCAGAGUAUGAUCCAAAUCUCCUGGAUGAUCCUCAGUGGCCCUGUGGAAAACAUAAACGUGUUCUCAUCUUUGCCUCUUACAUGACUACAGUCAUAGAAUAUGUGAAACCCUCAGACCUUAAAAAGGAUAUGAAUGAAACCUUUAGAGAGAAGUUUCCUCAUAUCAAGUUGACACUGAGCAAGAUUAGGAGUUUGAAGAGGGAGAUGCGGAACCUGAGUGAGGAGUGCAAUCUGGAGCCCGUUACUGUCUCCAUGGCUUAUGUUUACUUUGAGAAGCUCGUCCUCCAAGGCAAGCUCAACAAACAGAACCGCAAACUGUGUGCUGGUGCUUGCGUUCUGCUUGCAGCCAAGAUCAGCAGUGACCUCAGGAAACAUGAAGUCAAACACCUUAUUGAUAAACUAGAAGAGAGAUUCAGAUUCAACAGAAGAGAUCUCAUUGGUUUUGAAUUCACUGUCCUUGUAGCUUUGGAACUGGCUCUUUACCUUCCUGAAAACCAAGUUUUACCUCAUUACAGACGACUCACACAACAGUCUUAACCAAAGCAGCGCUCCAGCUGCCAGCCAGUGGCGCUGGGGAGCGCAUCACCCGUGGCUGCUGGUGGAGUUGCCACUGGCCCUCUCUGUGCUGCCGUGUGCCCUGCCACGGCUACAGCGAGUUUCGGUGUGGUGGUAAACUGUUGAGGCGUGUUCUGGACGUGUGUGCCAAGUCUGGAGGAUGGUACGAGAAGAGUUGUUGAACUUUCUUUUCUUUUGGACAUUUAAAGCACAAAUACUCACCAGUCAGCUGUCAUGGCUGCUUAUUACUCCUUAUUUAUCU